AUGGCUUGCACAUUUAACCGGGCCACCAAGGUGAAGAAGCGCGUGUCAGCUGCAAGGGCUGGAUCAGAGAAAGACUUGGUUGCCCGCCUCAACCGCAUCGAACAAGCCCUAGAGGCGGCGCGGCGGAACCAGAACGCAGGGGAGGGGCGGGAUGUAUCCAUGUCCCCAUCGUCAUCAUCAGCCCCCAUGUCCGUCGGGACUGACCCACCGGCCAACGACGGCACUCCGGACACAACACAAGGCCGAGACUAUGACUCAUCCGUCCGGGCUUCCGGUGCAACCGCGGGCAAGAUGCACUUCGCCGGCUUCUACUUGGGAGACAUCAGCUCUUACAAUGGCAUCCCCUUCUUCUCACCAGAUGGCCAAGACUGGAUUCGAUCUAGAGCAGGAGAGGAUGCGUCGUUCCAAACUUUGUUUGGUAUGGGCCCGCUAUGGCAUUCUCAGAACCCAGUUCCGAUUUUCCUAGACUUCCCGCAGUCGAAUUCAGGGGGAGAACUACCCGAUAGGACUGUCGUCGAAGAGUAUCUGGCUCGCUUCCGAGCGUCCCAGUUCGGCUUGUCGUUUCCACUAAUUGACUUUGUACUCUUUUCUGGGACCAUCGACCUUGCGUAUCGGUCACCUCAAAGUGCAUUGACACUCGAAGUCGUGACCGCCAAGGCCUGCGUGUUCGCCUUCUUCGCUGUUGUUUCACUCUUUCAAAGGGAAUGGAAGUCAACGCCAGAAAUAGAUGGAGAGGCAUGUGCCGGUGCAGCGCAGAACUUGAUGGCGACGAUCCUGCAAGACACCAACAUGACUGCUCUUCAAACUGUCUUCAUGCUGGUAAACUUUGUUGCGCAAUGCUUUACUUGA